GCCUCAACGGUCAGUGCAAGCUGUCAAGCGGUAACCACUGCGCAGUCGCACUCUCUUUACGUAAUGACGUCCGUCCGUACGUCUCCGACGAGCCGAAAAUGGCGGAGUAUCUGGCAUCCAUUUUCGGCACAGAGAAAGACAAGGUCAAUUGUUCCUUCUAUUUCAAAAUUGGAGCUUGCAGACAUGGAGACCGCUGCUCGAGAUUGCACAAUAAACCAACCUUCAGCCAGACCAUCUUGAUCCAAAACAUCUACCGUAAUCCUCAGAACAGUGCACAGACGGCCGACGCUUCUCGCUGCGCCGUCAGCGAUGUGGAAAUGCAGGAGCACUAUGACGAGUUCUUUGAGGAGGUGUUCACAGAGAUGGAGGAGAAGUACGGAGAGGUGGAGGAGAUGAAUGUGUGCGACAACUUGGGCGAUCAUCUAGUUGGCAACGUUUAUGUUAAGUUCCGCCGUGAAGAGGAUGCUGAGAAAGCAGUCAUGGACCUGAACAACCGUUGGUUCAACGGCCAACCCAUCCACGCAGAGCUCUCCCCUGUCACAGACUUCAGGGAAGCAUGCUGCCGUCAGUAUGAAAUGGGAGAGUGCACCAGAGGCGGCUUCUGCAACUUCAUGCACCUGAAACCCAUAUCGCGGGAACUUCGAAGGGAGUUGUACGGCCGCCGCAGGAAAAGGCACCGUUCUCGCUCGCGCUCAAGGGAACGACGCUCCCGCUCCAGGGACCGACGGCGGGACCGCGAGAGGCGGAGGUCGAGGGACCGAGAGCGUUCUGGCAGGUUCUGAAGAAGGCCGAGACUGACCCAAUGUCCUACCAAUCCCUCCCCACUCCUUUUACCCCAGCAGUGACGACAAAGUCAUUUUCUUUCUUUUUUUUCCUUUUUUUUUUUUGGUGAAUUGUUGGAAGUGUUUUUUCUUUUAUUCCCUUUUUUUAAGACGAGCUUGUGUCGCUUUCUCAAUAAAACAGAUUUGUAAUUCUGCACUGGCA